UGUAAUUCCAGAAAUGUAAUACAGAAAAAACCCAGCAAAAUCGUGUUCUUCCAAUCAGGCACAAGAAGGACAGCCUCGCGUUUUCGGCCCAUGUGUUCCAGGACCCCGAUAUGUCCAUGCUUGCUGAGCCUCGUCGAAAGCAGAAGUGGUCUGUGGACCCGAGGAACAGCGCGUGGAGCAAUGAUGAAUCCAAGUUUGGCCAAAAGAUGCUGGAGCGAAUGGGGUGGUCAAAAGGAAAGGGUCUUGGUAAAAGUGAACAGGGAGCUACAGAGCACAUCAAGGUUAAAGUGAAGAACAACAGCUUGGGUUUAGGCACAGCAAUUAACCACGAGGAUAACUGGAUUGCUCAUCAGGAUGAUUUUAAUCAACUUCUUGCUGAACUGAAUAACUGCCAUGGACCGAGCAACACUGAAGAGCCAUCUCCAGAACAGGCACAAGGUUUCAGUUUGGAAGAGAAAUCGAAGACAUCUAAAAAAAGGGUCCAUUAUAUGAAGUUCACUAAAGGAAAGGAUCUGUCCAGUCGCAGCGAAACAGACCUCGCAUGCAUUUUUGGUAAAAGAGCCAAACGGAUGAGAAAUCAGGAUGAGACAAGCAAUGGUACCGAUUCUCAGGAGGAGAAAGAGCAGGGUAGCGAUGACAAGGACGGUCCAUCAAACCCCGAGGUGGAAGUCAACACAGUCACCAGUGCUCUGAACAUGCAGGAGUACUUUGCACAGCGUAUGGCUCAGUUAAAGAAAGGUCGUGCUGAGAACCGGUCCUCUGCUUCCACCCCACAAUCUCAGUCCACCGAGGGGUCUCCCAACACCAGCGACAUGGAGGAGAGCAAAAAAAAGAAAAAUAAGAAAAAGGAUCGAAAGAAUGACCCGCACAGCGAUGGGAGAAAGGUGGAAGAAAACAAGGAAGCCCCACUGACAGGAGGGGUUACUGUUGUAGAGCAGGCUGACUCGGACGGUAAGAAGAAAAAGAAAAAGAAGAAAGACCGACGAGCUAAAGAGGAAGAGCCAGUGGAGGAGUGUUGCCUCCCAGCAGCAAAUCAAGACACACUGGGGGGUUUAGUGGAACUUUCAACCGGGAAAAAGAAGAAAAGGAAAAACAAAGAAAUUCCUACUCAUACACCCACAGACUCAACUAACAAAGACGAUAAAGCAGAUAACAUUACAGACGACAAGGUUGUAGAGAAAAAGCGAAAGAAGAGGAAGCAGAGAGAACACGAGGAAGAACAGACACAAGUAGUAGAAGAAAAGAAAUCCAAAAAGGACAAGAAAAAGAAGAAAAAUGACAACUAGGGCUUUAUACUUGAUUGGGUUUGGUGUGUCUAUAGUCUUUCAAUAAACUGAGCAGCAUCAACUGAGCUUUUAUAAAAAAAAUAAAAACUUAAUUUUUAAUUAUUACUUUGAUUUUUUAGGUCAUUCUGUCCUUCACUGGAUUGGUUGCUUUGUUUUAGAUAAACAUUUGUAUAGGAAACGAAUCAAAUUAAUUGUUUAAUUUUUUAAAAAUCUAUGUAUUAGCACAUUUUUAUAUAUUAAACAUCAAAUUUCACAUCGGCCAUCACUGUGUACUGCCUAAAGUCAGCUUAAACUUUAGAAGCUUUUUUGCUCCCAUAAUAAUCCCAAAUGUUACUCUCAAAAACAAAAAUCCACGCAACCCCUGUAAACAAAAAAUAUUUGAUAUUAAUAAAUCACUGCCUGCAUCUUACUGAAUGUCCAUAGGCUUAUGAGAAGGAUGUCAUGCCAGUGCAGCAAUCUGAAUCAAUUUUCAGUUUUCAUUGUUUUUAAAAUAGUCAUGCAUCCUCUUUCUUACUGUCAGAGUUUUCCUCUCCAUGGUGUGAUGUAUGACGCUACUGAUGGAUUGUAGCUCCCACUUAAGCGUUU